AAUCGCUUUUUUGACAGCAUCAAAUAAAUAGUAUAAAUAAAUUCAUUUUGGUAUAGUGCAGCAUGGUAAUUUGAAAUACAGCCUUGAGUGACCAUGGCGAAUGCACAAGAACCGACGGGUCCGCGUAAGGAUAAGCGCAUCGAGCGGGACGAGAACCGCGGCCAAUGGAAUUCCAAGACGGAGUUCAUCCUCUCGCUCCUCGGAUACGCCAUUGGCAUUGGCAAUGUGUGGCGCUUUCCCUAUCUCUGCUACCGCAGUGGCGGCGCCGCCUUCCUGAUCCCCUACAUGUUGAUGGUCAUUUUAGCCGGCAUACCCCUGUUCUACAUGGAGGUGCUGAUCGGCCAGUUCUCGAGCACCGGAUGCACUGGCAUGUUUCGCAUGACGCCCCUGCUGAAGGGAACGGGCAUCGCCCAGGUGAUGGUCAAUGCCUACUGCGUGUGCUACUACUCGGUGAUCAUAUCGUACCCCGUCCGGAUGAUCUUCUACUGCUUCUUCAAGAAGGUGCCCUGGGAGGACUGCAAUAACUCUUGGAAUACCGACAACUGCGUGACCGUUUCCGACAUGGGGAAGCAAAAUAGUACUGAUGGGUUUACAACUUCCGCCGAUGAAUUCUUUCACUUGGAAGUCCUUAGAAUCUCAAAGGACAUCUCCGAAUUGGGUGGCAUGGUGUGGGAACAAUUAGCUGCCUUGAUAGUCACCUGGAUUCUUAUUUACGUCUGCCUAAUGCGGGGAAUCAAGUCGGUUGGCAAGGUCGUUUACUUCACGGUACCCUUUCCCUACCUGCUGCUCUUCAUUCUGCUCGUCAGAGGAGCCACGUUGCCCGGAGCCUGGAAGGGCAUAAAGUUCUACGUGUAUCCGGAGUGGCACCGCCUGCUGGACCUCAAAGUCUGGGCCGAUGCCGCCAUCCAAAUGUUCUUUGGCAUCGGACCCGGCUGGGGUGGUAUCGUCAACAUGGCCAGCUUCAGCAACUUUCGAAAUAACGCCAGAUGGGACACGAUUCUCAUAGUAUCGAUCAACGUGUUCACCAGCAUACUGGCCGGAUUUGUGGUCUUUUCCGUGUUGGGAUUUCUCUCUGAAAAAUCGGGCAUUCCCGUGGAAUCCGUGGCCACCGGAGGAGCUGGACUGGCCUUCGUCACGUAUCCGGAGGCCAUUGGCAUGCUGCCCGUCCCGCAGCUGUGGGCGCUCAUGUUCUUCUUUAUGCUCUUUUUGCUGGGCAUCGACAGUGUGUUUGUACAACUGGAGGCCAUCAUGACAUCGAUACUGGAUGAGUGGUAUUGGGUGCGAAGUCACAAGUGGAAACUGACGCUCGUUUCUUGCUUUAUCUUCCUCGGACUCUCCUCCAUAAUGUGCACAAAUGCGGGCAUGUUUAUUCUUCAGCUGUUUGACUGGUACUCCUCGGCGAUCGCUGUAAUUGUCAUUUGUCUGGUGGAGAUUAUUAUGGUCGCUUGGAUUUAUGGGAUUAAAAAUUUCAUGUUGGAUGUCGAGUUCAUGCUCGGAAGACGCCCAAGUCUAUACUGGAGAAUCUUGUGGCAGGUCGUCACGCCAGUAAUUCUAAUUUUUAUUCUUAUAACUAGCAUUGUAUUCAUGAGGACGAUCACCUAUAACAACAUCCCAUACCCCCAGUGGGCCGUUAUAAUCGGCUGGGCCAGUUGUGUAACAUCAGUUAUGUGGAUACCGCUCUACAUUUUCUACAUCAUGAUCCGUAAGCGGGCCACACUGUGUGACAGCCUGAAGAAGCGCCUCCGGCCCUUGGACUGGACCCCGGCGGAUCCGCAAGAUCGUGCGGAAUACGAGGCCUUCCGCAGGCAACGCAGAAUGCCGGGAUUUAUGUCUGACACUGACAUCGAGUCCACCAAGUAGAAUAAUCUAUAUAUAUAAAUAUAUGU